GGGGGAGGAGCUUUACUGCCUACGGAAGCGGAAAAACAGCAGAGACAAAGAAGAAAGUGCCUGGACACAGAAGCCAACCAAGUUUUGGGAAAGAAUGAACCUUGAAACACGAGUCCAGGACUGAAGUGCUGCUCCUGCUGCUUUUAACCUGCUCUCCUGCUUCACUGUCUAGCUCGACCAGCAGAAUGGGCUUCACCUGUGACCAGUGUGGGAAGGAGUUCACACAGUCUGACGCCCUUGAAGAACACAUGAGGAUCCACUCUGCACAAAGAUCAUACACCUGUGAUGUGUGUGAGAUGGCGUUUCCUAGAUCAAGCUCCCUCGUAAUACAUAAGAGAAUCCACACAGGAGAAAGACCGUACGAAUGUGACCAGUGUGGGAAGACGUUUAGACACUCUAGUAAACUAAGAGCGCACAUGACAAUCCACAGUGGGAAGAAACCGUUCACCUGUGUCGUCUGUGAGAAGGCUUUUUAUCCGUCACGCGCCCUUGGAAAUCACGAGAGAAUCCACACCGGAGACAGACCUUACAGCUGUGAUCUCUGUGAGAAGGCGUAUUUUUCACAAGAGGCCCUAGUAUUACUUAAGAGAGUCCCCACUGAAGAAAAAUCCUUCAGCUAUGACGUCUGUAAGAGGACUUUUUCUACAACAGGUGCCCUAGAAUCACAUAGCAAUAUCCACACUGGACAAAACCUGUACGCCUGUAAUUUCUGCAAGAAGGCUUUUUUUUCAUUAGACUCCCGCUUAAAACACAUGAGGGUCCACACCGGGAAGAGAUCGUUCCGCUGCGAUGUCUGUAAAAAGGCAUUUUAUACGUCAAAUCACCUCGCAGUACAUAUGAGAGUCCACACCACGGAAAGACCGUUCAGCUGCGACGUCUGCGAGAAGAAGUUUUCUACGAAAAAUGUCCUAGUAACACAUAUGAGACUCCACACUGGAGAGCGACUGUCCAAAUGUGACGUCUGCGAGAAGACGUUUACAGCGUUUAGCCACCUAGUAACACACAAAAGAUCCCACACUGGAGAAAGACCGUACAGCUGUGAUCUCUGCGAGAAGGCAUUUUCUACGUCAAGUCACCUAGUAUCUCAUAGGAAAGUCCACACUGGAGAAGGACCGUUGAGCUGCGACGUCUGCGAGAAGAAGUUUUCAAAGACAAGAGACCUAGUAAGACAUAUGAGACUCCACACUGGAGAGCGACCGUACAAAUGUGACGUCUGUGAGCAGACAUUUACGGUGUCGAGCUCCCUAGUAGCACAUAAAAGAUCCCACACUGGAGAAAGACCGUACGGCUGCGAUCUCUGUGAGAAAGCGUUUUUUACAUCAUCUAUCCUAGUAGUACAUAUGAGAUCCCACACUGGAGAAAAACCGUACGGCUGCGAUCUCUGUGAGAAGAAGUUUUUUACAACAGGUGACCUAGUAAGACAUAUGAGACUCCACACCGGAGAGCGACCAUACAAAUGUGACGUCUGCGAGAAGACGUUUACAGGAUCAUGCUACCUACUAAAGCAUAAAAGAACCCACACUGGAGAAAAACCGUUCAGCUGUGACGUCUGCGAGAAGAAGUUUUCUACAAAAGGUGAACUAGUAACACAUAUGAGACUCCACACCGGAGAGCGACCGUACAAAUGUGACGUCUGCGAGAAGACGUUUACAGCAUCGAUCUACCUAGUAAGGCAUAAAAGAACCCACACUGAAAAAAGACCGUAUCGUUGUGGCCAGUGCAAUAAGGAUUUUAAACACUCUUCUAGUCUGUUCAGACAUAUGAGGGUCCACAGUAGAGAGACGUCAGAGCAAACUGUAGAUCAGCAGAUUCAAAACUCUCCAUAACUUGGGCCCUCCAACAAUCUCCAACUAGAUUCAGCUAAAAUUUCUGUUCUCGUUUCUCUCUGUGUUCCUCAUCUGCUGCUGUGCUCUCCACUCCCCUUCAAAACUGAACUUUGGUCUUCAUAGACAUUUCAAAAUCCCACCUGAAAACACAUCUAUUCAAAGCCUCUUACAGUUUGAAAUGUGAACUUUAGCUAUAACUGUUUUCAUCACUUUUUGUUUUUGCUGUAAUCAUGGUCUUUGGUAUGUUCUUUUUUAUGGCAAAAAGGUUAUGUUUAUAUUAAAUCUGAAUAAAAAAUAUCAAAAACACGUACUGAUUCCCAUGAACAAACUGCCAUUCAUGUAAAGGUGUAACAAAUUAAACAAGUCACGUUUCUUUUUCGAAACAGUUUAACAAAAUAAAAUAAAUUUUUAUAUUUCUCUCA